GUUUUUGUUCCCUUUACUUUUACUAAACAAGUUUUGUUGCCGCCAAAGCUACACCUCUGAUUAACGUCGUUGCUCAAUUAUCCAGACGGCGCGAAUCGCACGAUUCUCUCUUCUCAAUCUCUAAAACAAGAAUUUACAUUGAGAAUCUGAAGGAAUUUGAUGGAGAUAGCUGCAGCGGAAGCAGUGUUCCCUUGCACACUGAAGAUUAUACCAGGGUGCAUCUUCCGCCUGAAUGAUCCUAUUAUCUUGGGAGUUGAAGUCGUCCAAGGCAUACUUAGGGUUGGGACACCAAUUUGUGUUCCUCGCAACGAGUUUAUUGACGUUGGCCAGGUUGCCCGCAUUGAGAAGGACUUUAUGCCUGUUUAUAAUGCCAUGAAAGGCCAGAAGGUGGCAAUUAAGAUUAUUAACAACAGUCCUGAGGAGCAACAAAAACUGAACGGCAUGAAUAUUGAUUUUGGAGAUCUUCUUGUCAGCCAUAUUUCGAGGAGGUCAAUUGAUGCUCUUAAAACUCAUUACCGGCAUUCUCUCUCAAUGAAUGACUGGAGGCUGGUUGUCAAACUGAAGAAGAUUUUCAAUAUCCAGUGACAUGGUAAGACUAAGAGGAAACAAGAUUGAUGCGGAGCAGUGUAGGACAUGAUUUUUACUAUUUUAGGGCCUUCGGAGAUUUUUGCUUUGAUUUAGGAUUAAGAAUUUUCCUAAUUCGCUUUAAUUUAGGAGUUUUCCUUUUUGGCUUUAAAUUUGGUUUUAUUUCUUUUUCCUAUUUUGAUUAGUUUAAAUAUUGUUUUAUUUGAAUUGGUACAUAUAUUAUUAUAGGAAUAUGUUGCAGAUAUGCAAUUGGAAAUUUCAGUUA